AUGAACAGAGAAACGAAUGGGCAGGUAGCUCAUGUGCUCACUCAAGCACUGAAAGCUCAGAAGAAGAUUAGCGUUUUCGGUAUCAUCCUGCUCGGAACUGGAAUAGCAAUCAAUGUUCUCCAAGUGACGCUAGCACUCCUUCUUAUUGGCAACCGUCAUCUCUUCAGGCUAGCAAAUGUGCAUUUCGAAGCUACAUUUAUAUCGUGUUUGGUGCUUGUAACGUGGAUUCUGGAUCCAAGCAAACUCAUUGUUCAAGGAGAUACGAAUGGACUGUUUGAACGAUACAAUUUCAAAGGGAGUGCUCGUAAACAGACUGAUGGAAACGGUGUCGGAUCUGCCAAUAGCGACGAGUCUGUUGCUCUUCACAUGCUGAUAAACUCUUUGGCACCCGGAGAUAUCAAAAUAGUCUUAAAAGAGGAUCUCCAGCGUCUGCCUAUAUUCGGCUGGGGCAUGCGGUUUUUUGAAUUCCUAUUCAUGAAACGUAAAAUGGCAGAGGACAAGAAAGGAAUGGAUCUGGUGUUGACCCGUGCUAUGAAUGAUAAAGUGCCGUGUCACCUGUUGUUGUUUCCUGAAGGGACCGUCUUGACGAAUGACACUCGACAAAAGAGUGACGCGUUUGCCAAAAAGGCGGACCUGUCGUACGCUUAUAAAUAUGUAUUAGUGCCGAGGGUUUCUGGCUUCUAUCAUACUCUUGGAUUGAUGGGUGCUGGUCAGCCAGAUGGCGUAACUGAAAUUUGGGAUGUGACGAUGGCCUAUCCUCACGGAAUUGAUAAGUAUGCCUUCGAUGAGUUCUCUGCCUUUAAGACCUUCUUGACUGGUGACGCUCCGCACAGUAUAUUCUUGCACGUAAACAAAAUCCCAGUCUCUGAAAUUCCAUGCCUGCCAGUAAAAGGAACUCUAGGAGAUAGCGUACCUUUAGAAUUCAACAAUUGGAUGUAUGGCCAGUGGCAAAAGAAGGAUGAUCUGAUGGCAAACUUCUACAAAACUGGAUCUUUCACCCAAGAGGAACCGAAGCGUGUCGUUUCAAUUCGUCCAUACUUGACAGACGCACUCAGGAUUUUGGUGGUGUUGGUUUUGGGAUAUGGGACGCUGUAUUUUGUUGCUUCGGUUGGGUGGUCAUAUGCUGUAAAAUUACUGGUCUAG